AUGGAUGGGGCCGUCACGGCUCCCCGCGCCCCCCCCGGGCCCGGACAGGGAUAAAAGGCGAUUCCCGGGUGCGGGAGCCGCAGCCCCCCCGCCAUGAGCAGCCUGGCCGAGCUCCGCGAGGGCUACGAGCGCUUCGACCCCCGCGCGUACCUGCGCAACAACUACCUCCCCCCCCGCGCCGACUUCUCCUCCGAGGAGUUCGUGGUGCCCUGGAAGCUGCGAUGCCUCGCCGACACCUUCGCCAGCGGUGAGAUCCGGGGCCAGACCCUGAUCGAUGUGGGCUCGGGCCCCACCAUCUACCAACUGCUGAGCGCCUGCGACCACUUCGAGGAGAUCGUGGCCACCGACUACCUGGCGGUGAACAGGGAGGAGCUGGGCCGGUGGGUGCGGGGGGACCCCGGAGCCUUCGACUGGAGCCCCUUCAUCCAGCACGUCUGCAAGAUCGAGGGCCGCGGGGAGCCGUGGCAGGACAAGGAGCGCCGGCUGCGGGAUCGCCUCCGCCGGAUCCUGCCCAUCGACGUGCACCGCCCGGACCCGCUGGGGGCCCCCCUGGACCCGCCGGCCGACGCUCUGCUCUCGGCCUUCUGCCUGGAGGCCGUGAGCCCCGACCGCGCCGCCUUCGCGCGGGCGCUGCUGCACGUGGGGUCCCUGCUGCGCCCGGGGGGCCACGCGCUGCUCCUGGGGGCCCUAGGCGAGUCCUUCUACCUGGCGGGGCCGGCGCGGCUGCCCGUGGUGCCGCUGGCCUUGGCCGACGUGCGGGCGGCGCUGGCGGGCGCGGGGCUGGCGCUGCGGGAGCUGCGCAGCUACGAGAUGCCCCCGGCGCUGCGCACCGGCGUGGACGACGUGCACGGGGUGUUCUUCGCCCACGCCCAGAAACCCCCCCAGGGGCACUGAGAGGAGCAGGGGGGAAACUCGACCCCGGGACCCCCGGCGGUUGCGUUUGGGGGCGUGGGGAACACCCCCCCUGGACCCGGAAUAAAGGUUGAGGUUGUGGCAGA